AACACGGAGGCGUAUACAAUAAUACGUUAAUACAACUAAUACAUGUGGUCAUAUUCAAGAAAAAGAGAAUUACCCAUAGGAAAUUCCACUCAGACUCAUUGCUCCCUCCUCUCCAAAAUCCCAAUUGCUAUUCAACCGAACGCAGAUAUUCCGCAGCGCUAUAUUCGUAUAUAUAAAAGGAUGGUUACACCGUCUGAUGAAUAUUCGAGUUAGUGUGUGACGAGUGACGAUAAACACAUUAUUCACACGAACCAAUUUCUUUCCCGAGUAUACUGUGACUUUUCAUCUAUGCGUUUUAUAUAGUCUUCUUGGGUUCACACCUAGAUUAGUAAUCGCGUCUAAACAAAAAACUGCUGUGCGAUGGAGUCAAGUAUAGCGGGAUCGUUCGAAAAUGGGGUAGUUUUGAUCACUGGAAGUACGGGGUUUUUGGGGAAAAUGCUUACGGAAAAAUUAUUAAGAUGUUGUCCGGUGAAUAGCAUUGCGAUUUUAGUUAGAGGCAAGAAAGGGCUUAGCGCCAGUCAACGGGUUGAGGAAAUAUACAAACAAUCUUUAUUUGAUCGACUUCGUAGUGAAAAACCAGACUUCACAGAGUCAAUCAGAAUCAUAGAUGGACAUUUAGAAGAGUCGUCCAUGGAUUUAUCGUCUUCGGACCGAGAGUGGUUGAUAGAGAACGUGAACUUUGUUUUUCAUUGCGCGGCUACGAUUAAAUUCAACGAACCUCUUGAACUGGCGUCGAAAAUAAACAUCCAAGGCACUGAAAAUGUAAUGAAAUUAGCAUCCCAAAUGAAGAAUCUCAAGGGUUUUGUGCACGUAUCAACAGCUUAUUCGCAUUGUCCGAGGAGUGAAAUCAAAGAAGAAUUUUAUAAUGUUCCAAUAACGGCUAAAGAACUAAAAAGUGUGUUUGUUGAUGAGGAAUCUUGCUUAAAAGUUCUGGAUGAUUGGCCCAAUACGUACACUUUCACAAAAGCAAUCACGGAAAACAUGAUACUCACAAAUGGAAAUCACUUGCCGAUAUCAAUAUUUCGUCCAUCAAUCAUCGGAUGUACAAAAUCUGAACCGGAACCUGGCUGGUUGGAAAACAUGAACGGGCCGACAGGUCUGGUUACCGGAGUCAUGGUUGGAUUUUUAAGGACGGUACCAAACAUCGGGAGCAAUAUAACAGACAUUAUCCCGGCCGAUUACACCGUCAACGCGUUGAUUAGCGUCAUGUGGGAUACAGUUAACAGACACAAACAGUCAAAUGGUGUAUCCUUCGAAGAGCCGAAAAUAUAUAAUUACGUUUCUUGUGUCGAAAGCCCUUUGACGUGGGGUAGGUACAUCAGAGAGAUGCACGAUCAAUAUUAUGUAGCUCCACCUUUGCAAUCGAUGUGGUACGGCUUUUAUAUUUUCUAUACGAAUUUAAUAAUCGGAAGUAUUUUGAGAUUUUUCUUACACCGAAUACCGGGCGCGUUUAUGGAUUUGAUGUUGAUUUUGUGCGGUAAAUCACCUAAAAUGUUGAGAAUGUAUAAGAAAACAGAAAACAUGAUUGAUUUACUUUAUGAUUUCGCUACAAAACAGUGGACAUUUGACAAUAGUAAUUCAAGAGAAUUGUGGUCUUCGUUAAGUAAAGAUGAUCGCGAAAUGUUCCAAUUCAGCUUAGAGGACUUUGAUUGGAAAUCAUAUAUAAAAAGCUAUUAUUAUGGGAUUAGGAGACAUGUACUGCACGAAGACUUGAGCAACGUAGAAAAAGCAAAGUCGAAAAAUCAACAGUUAUUAUGGCUGCAUUGGUUGUCUAUGGUACUAAUUACUUCCGCCAUGCUACAUUUGUGUUGGACGCUUGUAAAAUAUUUAUUUUGAUGAAAAAUUAUUAUUAUUAAUUUUAUCAAAAUUAUUUGAACUUUAAACUUUUAUGUGAAAAAAAAUGUGUUCAUAUAAUAAUUAUAUAUUUAAUUUAAGAUGAGAAAAAUUUAUAUGAAAUGAUUGAAAUGAUAUUUUACAUUUUCAAAGUUUUUGAGCGAGUUAAAAUCUUUUCUACAAGACUUGAAAUUUCAAAUGAUUGUUAUUACAAUUCUAUGAUGUUGAUCUCAUUUUAGCUCUGAAAAAAUUAUGGCAAAGUUUAGUUUAAAAGAAAAUGGAAAAGUCAUUUUAAAUCAACUUCAUUAUUCAUUAAUAAACAAUUAUAAGUAAUAUUAAUUUUUAUAUUAAUCUUAGUAUAAUAAAUAAAAUAAGUUUUCUAGUUAUUGUAUAUUAUAUGAGUAUUAUUAUAGUGUUAUGCACUAUUGUAUUGAGGGCUCAGCCCGUCAAGUAUUAACAAAAUAAAAUACAAUUACGAAUUCGAA